AUGGCAGAGUCAGCGGUGAGCCUUGUUGUUGAUAAAUUGCUUCCGUUGCUAACACAAGAAGUGAAACUAUUGAAAGGCGUCCAUGAUGAAUUGGUUGGUGUCAAAGAUGAAUUGGAAGUCAUUCGUGCUUUCCUGAAAGAUGCAGAUUCAAAGGCUGAGAAAGAAGGCAUCGGUGAGGGUGUGAAAGUACUGGUAAACCAAAUAAGAGAAGAAGCUCAUCACAUUGAAGAUGUCAUCGAUGAUUACAUGUUGCAUGUGGCAAGACAUCCUGAUCAUCGACAUGGACUCCUACGUCGUAUUGCUUCUUUGACUAAGACAUUCAGUUCGCGUCAUGAGAUAGCAUCAGAGAUUAAAGACAUCAAAUCAUCACUUCUAGAUAUCAAGAAUAGAAGUCAAACAUUCCACUUCAUUUCUUCAACUGAAGGGGCAUCAAGCAGCAGCAGCAAUGCAGGAAGAGGAUUAAUGCAUCAUCCUCGGUUGAGUUCUCUUUUCUGUGAAGAAGCUGAGCUUGUUGGGAUUGAAUCUCGGAGAGAUGAAUUGAUAAGCUACUUGGUAAGUGGAGUUUCUCAAAGGAAAGUGAUCGCAGUGGUUGGAAUGGGGGGUGUGGGAAAAACCACACUGGCCAGGAAAGUAUACGACAACCACAGGGUGAUAGAGCACUUCCGUUACCAUGCUUGGAUCACCGUGUCUCAAUCAUAUGAUCAGACGGAGCUACUAAGGAGUAUGCUGAAGGGAUUCUAUAAAGCGAAGAAUGAGCCUUUUCCUGAUAAAAUUGUUAAAAUGGAGAAGGAUGAGGAGUUGAUUGAGGAGAUUAGAGAAAAGUUACGACAAGAACGAUAUUUUGUUGUAUUUGAUGAUGUAUGGGAAAUUGGCUUUUGGGGAAACAUGGAGCUCGCAUUGUUAGAUCAUGAUAAUGGCAGUAGAAUAUUGGCUACAACAAGAAAUGAGGCGGCUGCUAGAUUUUGUAGAGGAUCUUCAUCGGUUCAUGUCCAUCGUAUAGAUCCUUUACCUCGAAAAGAGGAAUGGGAACUCUUCUGUAAAAAAGCAUUCAGGUUUCAAUCUCAAGGGCAAUGUCCAAAAGAUCUGGAGGAAUUGUCACACGACAUUGUUAGAAGAUGUGGAGGAUUGCCUCUAGCAAUUGUGGCUGUUAGUGGACUUCUAGCAACCAAAGAGAAGAGCGUUCAAGAAUGGAAAAAAGUUCUCGGUGGCCUUGGUUGUUCUGCAAUGACAAGUGAUCCAUACAUUGAUAAUGUCACUAGCAUUCUAUCUCUCAGCUAUGGUGAUCUGCCGUACCACCUCAAAUCUUGUUUCUUAUAUUUUGGCAUGUUUCCUGAGGAUUUUUCCAUUAAACGUCGAAGAAUAAUUCAAUUAUGGGUGGCUGAUGGUUUUGUACAAGAAAAACCAGACAUGACACCAGAGGAGGUUGGAGAAGAAUACUUCAUUGAACUCAUUCGUCGAAGUUUGGUUCAAGUGGAUGAACUUAGUCUUAAAGGAGUUCCCAAAACAUGUCGUGUUCAUGAUAUGGUCCGCGAAGUCAUUCUUUCCAAGUCAGAGGAACUGAGUCUCUGCCAUGUUUCCAGCAGUUGCUCAACUUUUGAAGGCAUAGCACGACAUCUCUCCAUAAGCAACAGAGGAAGCAACCCUCCAAAGAGAAGCACCAGGUCUCAAACUCGCUCUAUUAUGGUCUUUGACAAAGAAAUGCUGCAGAAGACCAUAGUUCCAGUAAUAUUUGCUAAAUUCAAGCUUUUGACUGCAUUAGAUUUUGAAGACUGUCCUGUAGAUCACCUUCCCAAAGAACUUGGAAAUUUGCUACAUCUAAGGUAUUUGAACUUAAGAAAUACCGAUGUAAAAGAACUUCCAAAAUCAAUAGGAAAGCUCCAUAACCUGGAGUCCUUGGAUUUGAGAUUCUCUUUGGUGGAAGAGCUGCCAGUUGAGAUCAGCGAUUUCCCUAAAUUGAAACAUCUUUUGGCUCAUGGUGGAUACGCUACUGGAUUGAAGAUAAAAGGCAGCUUUAAGCAUUUGGAGUUCUUACAAACAUUGUUUACAAUUAAAGUGGAUGAUGAUGUGAGCUUGCUCAAUGACGGCCUACAAGUGUUGACGAAAACGAGGAAAUUUGGGAUCUGCAAUUUGAAAAGAGAACAAGGAAGGUAUCUAUGCACUGUAUUAGAGAAGAUGACUCACCUGCAGUCGCUACUUGUUUAUUCAGUCAAUCACCAGGUUGAAAUUCUUGAUUUGGAAUCAGAAUUUUCCCCUCCAAUUCAGCUGCAGAGUCUCUGGCUUGGGGGUCAAUUAGAUAGGUUGCCGAAUUGGAUUUCCAAACUGCACAAUCUAUCUAAACUGAUAUUGAGUUAUACAAACUUGAUGGAAGAUUCCGUUGAAGUCCUUCAAGCUCUGCCCAAUCUAAAAUCUCUUGUACUCUUUUGGGCAUACAAUGGAGAGAGGAUGCAUUUUGAAGGAGGAGGGUUCCAGAAACUCAAGUAUUUGUAUCUUGCAGGUCUGGAUUAUUUGAAUGAAAUGUCAAUAGACGAAGGAGCAUUGCCACUUCUUGAAAGGCUAGAAAUAGGACCUUGCCCAAUGCUGGAGGAGGUGCCCUCUGGACUUCAAAAUUUGAAAUGUCUCGAGGUUUUGUCGUUAGCAUGGAUGACAAAUGAGUUCAAUCAAAGAUGGUCACAGCAAGAAUCCAAGAUAUCUAGGCAUGUACGGAUUCAUGGAUCUGAUGGUACUUAUGAUCCCGAUGAUAAAGCAUCAAUUAGAGCGUGGGUGGAUCGAAAGUUUGGAGCAAGUAAGAAGCACAGGUUUGGAUGAAGAAUCAGAAUUACCCAACAUUUACGAGGUCACAGGAUGUUUUUGCUUGGGAUCUGUACAUGUUGCACGGACUCCAGGCAAUCAAUCAACCUCGGAGCAAUGGAGGGUCAGCCCUUCUAAGAAAGUUGGCGAGAAGAUUUGGUCAGCAUCAGUCGGAAGGAAAGCGGUCGACGUGUCUGUUUAAUGUUUCUGGAGAGACUAUAGCACCUCUUCAGCAAAACUGGUUUCGAGUCUGUGAAUAACUGUGGCGUGUAGAAGUUAUGAAAUAUCUGGGUGUGCAUGUAUUAUUACCGACCCUUAAAUAAAUGAUUGCGAUGAUGGUGUAA